CAGUAUUUGUACUUCAUUUGUACUCUGUACUGUCCCUUAUUCUGACUUCAUGACAAGAAUAGAAGUGGCUAAAAAUAUGUCUAGGUUUAUAGAAUAAGUAUAGUCUGGUACUGUUCAGUGAUAACCAUGAGAUUGCUGUGGUGUGAUGUAGGUUACUUGAGUCAUAGCAUCCUGCCAAGAUGGGGAAGGUGAAGAAAAUGAAAAUGGCUGGCAAGGCCCGCCACAAGCCCUUGGAAGCACAAAUCGCAGAUGACGAAUUUGCUCGUCCCAGUGGCAGAUUUAAGAUGAGAACUCGAAGUGACAGAGAGACAGAUGAGGUAGUAGAACCCACUCUCUCCAGAAACAUUUUACGAGUUGCCAAGGAGCAGCUGGCCGAAGAGGGUGCAGGAACAGCCAGUGUCAAAUCUCCCUCUACUGUUCCAUUGAAACCUAUGCUGGGACAAGCAGAAAGUGACUCUGAAGGGGAGGGUGAUGGUGAUCAUGAUGCCUUUUCCCAGAGUGAGGAGGAUUAUGAAGAUGUGGAAGUGGAUGAAGAAGAUGAAAAGGCUUUGGAAAUGUUCAUGUGCAAAGAUCCACCUGCACGAAGGACACUGGCAGAUAUAAUUCAAGAGAAGAUCACAGAGAAGCAGACUGAGAUCUUGACACAAUUUUCUGAUGCCCAAAGCAAGCUGUCUUCUGUUUCUGCCCAUAAAAAUGGAUUCCUUUUGCAUUUGUGCAAGAUAGUGGAACUCUACAAGGGAGUGAAGGAAGUGUUGGCCAAGUACAGAAGUGGAAAGUUGCCGAAAGCAUUCAAGAUCAUCCCACGUCUUGCAAACUGGGAGCAGAUUUUGUACAUCACAGAUCCAGAGAAAUGGUCUGCAGCAGCCAUGUACCAGGCAACUAGGAUUUUCACAUCAAACCUUAAGGAGAAGAUGGCACAACGAUUCUUUCACCUGGUCUUGCUUCCCCGUGUCCGAGACGACAUUGCCGAGUACAAGAGGUUGAACUUUCACUUGUAUCAGGCCUUGAGAAAGGCACUCUUCAAACCUGGAGCAUUCUUCAAGGGAUUCCUCAUCCCACUCUGCGAGAGUCGGACGUGCUCCUUGCGAGAGGCCAUCAUCAUUGGAAGUGUCCUUGCAAAGAAUUCCAUACCAGUCUUGCAUUCAGCUGCUGCCAUGCUGACAAUAGCAGAGAUGGAGUACAGUGGUGCCAACUCAAUAUUCCUACGGAUCUUCUUGGACAAAAAGUAUGCCCUGCCGUAUCGUGUCAUCGAUGGAGUUGUUCAUCACUUGCUGAGGUCUGUUUUAUCAUCAUGA